AUCGAUGAUAUUAAUACUCGUGAAUAUAUUCAAUAUGAACAAGAAAGAAUUGUACGAAAAGACAUCAUCAACAACAACAACAACAACCAUCUUCAGUUACACAAACAAAAAUUGGACAAUAUUUGAAAAUUUUGAAGGUUCCGGAUUAAACUUACCUGACUAUUAGUGUCGUCGUAAUAUUUAAAUUUGUAUAAUAGUUAUGUUUUCAAUAUUUGUAUACUUUUGUAUACUUUUGUUAUCUAAAUCUAGUUUUAAAUAUUUUAAAUCUUAUUUUAAAGUUUUAUUUAUUUUUUGUGUAAACUUAAAUUUUGUAAACAAAACUUAAAAUAUUUAUGAGAUAUGAUUUUUAUAAGGAUUAAACAAUAAACAAGAAAAUAUUUAUGAAUCAUAAAUGUGAUGUGUAAUUGUAGGAGCCAAAAUGCAAAUAAAAAUAUGAAACUUCAAAUUUGAAGUUUUGAGUAGUGAAACUUCAAAUAUAGAGUUUCACAGCUCAAAUUUGAAGUUUUGAAGUUUAUUUUUGGAAAGCAAAAAAACUUUAUAUUUGAAAUUAUAGAGUGUUUUUUGGAGAUCCUCUUAGAAAGGCAAUAAACAAUAUUGUAUUGUUAUAUGACUCCGUGUGGGGAGCUAAACCAACAAUUUCAGCAUCAUUAGAUUCUCCAUUAUCUCAUUAUUAAAAAUCUAACUAAUCUAAAUUAUGGAGUUGUAAUAUGCCCUACAAGUCAACUCUCAGUAACAAUUAUGACCAUUUAAUUAUUAUAAUUGGAUAGUAGUAAUAGUCUUUAUUUGUCAGAUCCUAAUGAACAUAGCUAAUAAUUAUUUUCAGUUCACCAGUGGUCCCAAAUCAAUUGACAAAUGUUGUUUUGAUUUGAUUAACCUUUGAUUAAGGUAUAAGAUCGUUCGAUGAACUUAGAUACUCAAGAUAUCAUAUAGUAAUAAUAUUUAUAUACUAUUUAAAAGCAUGCAUCAUUACAUGACGGAAAAACAAAUAUUAUUACGCCCACAAAUCUGCUUUUGACCGAAAUCUAGGCGGGCAGACGAAAUCACGGGAGCGCAUGUCUUGAUUAUUGCUACAUGUUCGAUAUAUUACGACAACGCAAAGACGCAUUUGUCAACAGUAACACAUAACAACACCGAAUCGAAACCAUGCUGUAUUAUUAUAUUCCGCUUUGGAUUCCAGUCCAAUUGUUAUAUGCUAAUGUCGAAAUGAUUUUUUUGGACACAAAUAUAGUUUUUCGUUAUGUAUAUAUAUAAUGUAACUAUGUAUACAAUAUACAUAAUCAGUUAUAUGUAAAAGUGUCCAGCAUUAAUUUUCGAAUAACAAUUAAGGAGACUAGUUUAUAUAGACCCCUCCAAAUCCUAUGCAAAUCUCAUUUUCAUCAUUAAUAGUAUCGAAUCUUUGUAUCAAGAUGUUUGAUGUAAUUAAUUACAUUAUUAUUAUUCUUUAUAAUGUCAAAAACAAAUUAGUACUAUAUACAAUCUAUAUGUGGUCUGUAUUAUUUUUCUAUUAAAGUUUAACCUGUGUAUUCCUUGGAUGGAAAACAAUAACGAAAUGAGGUUAAGAUCCGCGUUUUGCGCGGGAUAAACAUUUUAUAUAUAAACUAUAUUAGGAAAUAAUAAAAUGAUAAAUAUAUAUUGAAAUAUUGAGAAAUCGGUAAUAUUACGUAUAUAAUUAAAUUGGCUUGCACAUAUAAAUAAAAAAAUCACUCUUAUUUAUUAACGAUCAUUUUAUGGUAAAUAAAUAAAAAGUUCAAUUUUAUCCAUUCUAUAUUAUAUAAUUAAAUUUAAAUGAUAUUAACAUAUAUAUAAAAUAUAUUUUUACUAAAGCUGUUUAUUAAAUGAAGUUUUUAAUCAUAUGUUUUAUGAUUAUUGUCAUCUUAUAACAAAAAUGUAAACCAUUAAUAAACUUUUUAAUUCGAGAUGUCUAAUAGUUUAAGUAAUUUAUAAUUAUUUUUAAUUGAAUGAGGAUUUCAAAAUUAAAAUAUUAGUUAAGUUCUCAAUAUUGUUUUUUGAUGACCCUGGUAUCCGGAGGCUCGAGAGGAUCCGAUUAGCGCCAAUAGCGCUGGGAAUUUGGUUCUUUGCCCGCGGGACCCGGCCCAUUUGACCCGCUGCGGGGCGGGUGCGGGCCCAAACAAAUUUGGGUUUUUAAAGUUGCGGGUCAGGCGGAUCGGGUUAGAAAAUAGCGGGGCGGGCGCGGGUUCUAAUAAUUUUGGUAGCGGGUUAGCGGGCACCCGCAUAUGCUAAGAAACAUGUUGUUUUGGUUUAAAAGUUGUGUCGUUUUUGCGCUGUAGGUUGUUAGUGUGUGUUGUGUUUUAGUUAUAGGUUGUAACUGUGUGUUGUUUUCAAUUUUUUGGGCAAUAAAAUUAAAUCUGAAAGCCCUAAUUGACUUCAGUCUCAAUUCUCUGCCGAACCCUAAUCGAAUCUCACUCUCUGCAGAUCGUCAAUUCUCAUUCCGAGUCUUGACUUCUCAGUUCUCAGCCUAUCUCUGUGUCUCUAGACUCGACUCUCUGUUGAUGUCUCUCUCUCGGUCAAGGACAAGGUACUAAAAUUUAUUCAGACCAACAAGAUGGAGCUGAUGGUGGAAUAGCCACAGCAUAGUGUUGGGAGUGAGGGGUCGAGCUUUCCACAUAAAAUUUUAGAGGAUUCAAGUCAGACAAAAACUGUCUUCUCCCACGAACAAUAUGACAAUGAAACAGAGGUUGCUGAAUCAAUAAGUGUAUAUUUUCCCUGCGUUUUUGACGUUUGCAUAGACGUGCAACUGAUCAACUUGAGGUCGUGGCAAGAACAAGAAGGAAGACCUCUACGUAAUUUGUUUUUAAGUUUGAUUUCAGUUUGGACAAGAACUUAUUUUUCUGUGUUGUUUGUUGUUCUUUAGAACUUAAGAUUAUUGCGUGGUGUUUAUUGAAACUUAAAUUCAUAUAUGUUGUUUAAACUUAAGACUUCUAUUAUGUUUAUCAGUCAUUUUUUGUGAUUUUGACAAAAAAAAUUUUUUUGAUUUGGGCGGGUUACCCGCUUGACCCGCUUAAUUAAUGCGGGGCGGGUGCGGAUAUCUUGUACAACUCUCAGUGGGUCAUGCGGGUAAUUUUUUUUUUGAAUAUUUGACUCAUACCCGCUGCGGGCCGGGUCGGGCGGGGCGGAUCCGACCCGCUUCCCAGGACUAAGCGCCAAUGACCGUUCUCAAUAUUGGUUCAACGCAAAUAUCAAUAUAUAGUUUGUAUUUAAUAUGAUAUGUAGUUUAAUUAAAUAAUAUAUAUAUAUAUUAAUAUAAACACUUAUUAAAUAAAACUUCUUACUCAAGUGGUUUAUAACUAUUUAUAUCUAUAUUAUAACAAAAAUAAUUAUACUAUUGAUAUCAAAAAUUUGUUUGAGACUUUUAACAGUUUAGUAAUUUAUACUCGUUUUUUAAAAUUCAAACUACAACAUAUACAAAAAAAUCUAAUUUUUUAUUAUAUGGUUAAUCCAAUUGUGUAAUAUAUUUUAAUAACAAAGAUUUAAACAAAAAUGAUUGAGUGUAUACAAAUUGUUAGCAAAUCUUUGUUAUGAAAAUCAUUAAUUGCUAUAUAUAUUUUAAUACAUUAGGUAAUUCCGUAUCUUUUUUAAAGGAAACAAUGAAGAAUAACUUUUAAUACUAAUAACUGAUUUUAUGAUAAGUUUAAUGAAAACUAUAGUUUAUAUUUAGAUGGACCAACUUACUUUUUUAAGGACUCUCAAAAAUCAUUCUCACAAUGACACGUGUCAUGCUUCUAAUGUUGUAAUGCUUCUCUUUUAAUAUAUAGGAGAUAUCUAACUAGAAUUCCAAAGUAGAUUCGUUUCACGUCAAACGAAAAAGAGGAUUUCAUUAUUGAUACAGUUUUGUCAAGGGUUUUUAGUAAUUAAAUCUCUCAAAUAAAGAUGAAUCAUAAAAAAUUCUCAACUAAAAAUUCGGUGAAAUUCUUUCGCAUACAUCCGAUAAAAUUGGAACGAUACAAAGAAGAUUAUUAUGGCCUUUGCGCAAGGAUAGUAUGCACAAAUAAAAAAAUGGUCUAAAUUUAUCCGGAGUUGCUAGCUCAAAUGGUAAAGCCUUCUUCCCAAAGGGUAGAGGUGCCAGGUUCUAGCCUCAGCAGCAGCCGGGAGGGGGAGGGGAUUAAACAACCGGCUCUUGUCCCUGGCUUAAAGAGAUUCUGGACUUAGGCCUAGAACUUUUUGAAUUCAAAAAAAAAAAUCUAUCAAAUAAACUAUUAACUCUAAUUUUGUUAAAUUAUGUUACCCUCUGUCUAAAAAUCCGUGACGGAUGAUGAUAUACGUUAACGGUUUAUAAAUUGAGGAUUUAUAAUGUUGAAAACUUAGUUGAUGAAUUUUUUUACGAUUCAAAAAUAGUUGAGAGUUUUUAUCACUAAAAGUCAUUAAAUAUUUUAAAUCUUUAUUAUCAUUUAUAUAUUGUUUUAGAUUGAUUUAUAAGCCUUUAAAACGCAUUUAUAAAUUUUAAUACAUUACUUUAUAACCUAUUUAUAAAGCUUCAUAAAUAUUUUAAUAUUUUUACAUAUGAUUAAGAACGUUUCACAAUGAUUUUAUAAGUUUUUGCAAUAAUAAAUUAAUGUAUUAAAAUUUAUAAAUGAGUUUUAAAGGCUUAUAUAUCAAUCUAAAAUAAUAUAUAAAUGAUAAUAAAGAUUUUAAAACAUUUAGUGACUUUUAAUGUUAAAAUCUCUCAACUAUUUUUGAAUCGUAAAAAAACCUCUCAACUAAGUUUUCAACAUUAUAAACAGUUAACGUAUGUCACCCUCCGUCACGGUUUUUUAGACGGAAGAUAACAAACGUUAACGGAAUUAAAGUUGAGGUUUAUUUCACAUAAUUUUUAGUUAAUGAUUUUUUUUUACAAUUCAUCUUUAGUUGAUGAGUUUAAUUACUAAAAACCCUUUUCAACAUGUUUUUUUAUUCGCCUUACAAUACUAUGUAAACUUUUUUAUACAGUAUGUUUUAUCGGUUGAUUCGAUAUCUAAUAUAAAUGCACUAAACGCUAUAGUAGACUGUCUGAAACAAAGCUAGAAUAUUUGUUAACGAAUGUUAAAAAGUAAUCGAAUUGUAUUAUUUGACUAUCAAAUUUAAUAUCUGAGCCAAAACAUAAGUCAAGACUUUCUCAAUAACCGUUAUUUUGUUUUAACGGAGGUUUAAAGUAUGGAGGCGUGUUUAAAAGUAUAAUACAUACAAUAUUCCAUGGCUAUAAAAAGAACUUGAUUAUGACCGGCGCGUAUACGCGGGAUUAUUUAUAUUUAUAAUUAUAUUUUAAAAUUAAAUUAGUCUUAUGAUUCGUUGAUGUUUCAAAAAUAUUAGCUUCAUCCAUAUUGUAUUUUUUUUUUUGCUUUCUGUGGGGUUCCAGUUUGGUUGUGGAUUUUAGUUUUCAGUUUAGGAAAUAUAGUAGUUUAGUUAUUUAUGAAUUUGAGUUUGGUUUAGCUUGGGUUUUAUUAUUUUGGUUUGGUUCCAAUAAUAAUGUUACGAACCCAAUAAAAUUUCAAUUUUAGUUAAGGCGUGUGAAUAGGGAAUUGGAAGUUUUGGUUUUGAUUCUUAUUUAGGUAGCAAUAUUUUUAGUUUCAUUUUCAGAUUAUUAUUUUUUGUUAUUGAAUAUAUAUAUUUUUUAAUUUGUUCAGAGAAUCGGUAUAUCUCAAGAUUAUAUAUUAAAUCAGAAAAUAUUAUACUAAUUUUGUAACUUUAUGUGAUAAAAGUAAGUUGUAUAUUUAUCAUUUUGAAAUAGUAGAUAUUUUUAGUGUAAAUAGAGAUAUCUAGCUAUAUUUUGGUAAUAUGUCGCUAUAUAUAUUGGUGGUUGUUAAAAUUAAUAAUUUAUUUUUAAUAUGUUUAUGGGAAGAAUACAUCUCAUAAUCAUUUGAUUAUGAGAAAAUAAUCGUUUGAUUCAAAAUAUAAUGUAAAAUUUGAUCUGUAUUGUGCAUUUGCAUUAUAUAAUUUUUUUAAUCCGUUACAUCUAAAACUGGUUAUGUUUUUAAAGAUUUCUAACUGGUUUUGGUUGCUUAUAUCGCUAUUUGAUUUUUAAAAAUAUAUAGUAUGUAACUUUAUUAAUUGAUAAGUUUAUGGUUGUUUGUGAACCUCUUAUAUAUAUAUACCUCUUGUAUAUAUAUUAUAAUUUAAAUUCUAUAUUUAAUUUAAUUUAUUAUCAGUUAUUAAUACAUAUCAAUAUAUUUUUAAAAUAUUUUUUACACUAAAUUUAUAAUUUAGAAUAAUAAAAUAAAUAACCCCAUCAAAUUAUGAAAAUAAAUAUUUCUAUACAGAAAUUAAAAGCUACAUGUGUUAUUCUUUUUAUUAUUCAGAUUCAAUAGAUUUCGUUUAUGUGUAGUUCAAUUACUUUAAUAUUGUCCAAGGAGGCAAAGACGUUUUGACAUAAAAUGCACCUAUGAAGCGAAAGAUUUAUAAUAUACGGAACCAUAUCUUCAGCUAUAUGCAUUGUUCAUUCGUCGGAAUGUUGUUCUUCUCAGCUUCAUCCUCCGCUCAGUCCCUAAAAGAAAGAAAGAAGAAUCAAACUUGUAAAUUUCCUCAAGAGCAGAUCUAUCUAAGAUUGGUUUGUUAGCUUAUUGAUAUAAAAAAUUUGUGUUUAACUAAUCAAAGUAAGUGGCCUAUAUUGUCAAAAGUCAUGCGCUCCACACACUCCUUCGUUUUUGCUUGACAAAGAAAGAAAAAGCUUGUAAGAUGAUAUUAUGAUAAAGCGUUUAUUUCAACUUCAAGCUCAUUUUGCAACCGGGUUAUGUGUUGGUUCUCAUCUUCCACUUGCAUUUGAAAUCUAUCAAAAAUCUCUUUCUCACACGACAUUUAUGUCUUGUUAUUCACAAAGAUCUGAUAUUGUUCCUCUAGAUCAUUUCGUUACUUUGCAAGAGAAUCCAUUUAUGUUUUAGUGGACAUGCGUUCUUUCUCCAGUGCAUGAGUAUCCCUUCUUUCUCAAAAACUUGAAGCCUUGUGAGCUCCAACUUUGCCGCUUCAACCAACUUUACUACUGCAUCUACUUAUUCUUAUUCUUGUAAAAUCUCAUUUUCAAAGCUAGCAUUGAUAUCUUUAUGACCUGAGAAAAAAACGUGUUAUGGUCAGAAACCACAUUUUCAACCAUAGUCUAUACUUAAUUGCUUCACAAUCUUCAUCAAUUGCAAGAGACACCUGUUUGGGUUUUUGCUUUAUACGUCUGGAACAAUCUGGUACAAAAAGCAGAGAUAUAGACAGACUUUAAAUCCUCUUUCAAUGUUUAUCUGGAACAAUCUGAUACGCCCUCCAGGGGCACAUUCCUUUCAAAUACAGAACUUGGUUGGGAAACGUUAACGAUAUGAUUGCUUAAGAAGCUAGAAUAUUUCCAGCAGAUAAAUCUUUUGUGUUCAUGUUAUCAAUGUCAGGAAAACCAAAGAGUUGGUAGUAGUGUCAAGAAAUAUAGAGCUAGGAUCACUAUAUUCUCGGAAAGUUAAUGCUGAGAUGAGCUCAGCGCAUUGGUGAGGUAAAAGGUUAUCAAAUUUGUUUGAAGGUCGCUAGUCUUUCAGCUUCAGAAUCUCAGGCCACAAGUUAACGCUCUUCUUUUGGUGUAUCCUUCAAAGAAGUCUCGAGUUUUGAUCUUCAGUUUUCAACCAUACAUAUUUUAGUCCAAUGCUAAGUGAAUACUACCACCCUAAUCUUUAGUAAUAAUCAGUUGCCCAGAAAGAAGAAAAAUUACCACGAUAGUGAAAUCAUAACCCAUUGCACCCAGAAUCUUUUUCUCACCACUGAUUGAGAUCCCAGAAACAGCUACUUGGUGUUCAUAACAACACAUAUUUUUGCAUCAGCAAAUUUUUCCAUUCAAAAUUUGAAAUUAAUAUGUUAUAAUUACGAAAAGCAGAGAUAUAGACAGACCUUGAAUUCUCUUUCAAUGGGUUUCGUCACAUCUUUGUCUCCUACUCUAAUUGGAUUAGUGAAGAAUGAAAUAUACUAUAAAUAAAAAAAUAGAUACAUCUUGAACAAUGAAUGUUUAAUUAGGUUAAACACAGUACCUAUAGUGUAAAUAUAACAAACUUGUGUUUUAAUGUAAGUGACGUGUGUUUAAUGAAAUGAUAUGAAUAUAUUUAAAACUUAAAUGAUAAUAUGAAGUGUGUUUUUAUAUUUAGUCACAACAUAUUCAAUAAGUCUAAAUUUAAAACAUGUCAUGUUAAAUUUUAAAUAGGAUUCUAUUUUAAUAGAUUAGAUAAUCUAUUCUAUUAAAACAACAAUACGACCUAUUGAUAUAGGUGUGAUCUAACUAUUUUAAUAUAAUUAUUAAAACUUUUUAUUAACAUUUAAGAGAAAUAUUAAACAAAAAAAAUACAAAUACAACUAAGAAAACAAAUAUAAAAAUUAAAUUUCUAAAAAAUGUAAAACAAAAAAAUAACCGCCCUUAAAAUGGACUGGUCAAAAUCUAGUAAAUAAAUAAAACAAAAGAGAAUACAGUUUACAUGCUUUCUCGUCUAUAGACCGAAGAGGACGUACGAUUCCCACUAAACCACUGUCUAAAGGAAAACAAAAGUUAAGACGAAAUCCAUCGCCAGGUAGGUAGGACCGACGUAAUAUCUUGUGACUGAAUCAUCGCUCUACUACGUUGAUCAAUGGAGAUAUUCUUAUAACUGAAUUAAUGAGUCAAACUCAUUGUUGAUUCAUCUUUGAAGAAAUAAGAAAAUUCCAAAAGGACGUAAAUUUAGGCCUUGUUUUCACACUUUGUUGAUUGUCUGUUUCAAAUACUGAGUGUAAACUUGCAUUCAAGUUUAACGGUUUUGAUUCCCUAUUCAGAUGGCAACGUUUUAAAUCGACACAACGCUAAAAUAUGCUAAAGAAUCUAUGUUUACAUGAGGAAGCAUAUUAUAUAGUCUCAACUAUAUACUAGAUAGUUUGAACUCAUAUUUUCUGGUUAGGACCAUUUCACAUAACUUCUUUUGUAGCUAUCAAGAAGAAAGAUAACCAAAGUCUUUUUAAAACCACUAAUGAAGUUAUAAAACUAAUAGUAUCGAAUUACAAUUAUAUGUGGUCAAUGAAGGGUUAGAAAAAAUAUUCGUAAACUUUAAUUCGAUUUGUUUUCUGUUUCGAUUCGAAUUGAAAAGUCUAUAAUAUUUAACUCUACGAAAUAAAACAAAUACUGAUAUGUAAUAUCCAUGAAAAACAAAAACAAAAACAUAAAUACUAAUAUUUUUAAAACUAAAUAUUUAAUCUGAUCCGUUAUAUAUUAAAUGCAUAUAUAAAUCAUAAUUAUCAUAUUUUAUGUAAGUUUGAAGUAUUUUAUUUAUUAUUUUAAUUAUUAUAACUUUAAAUACAAUAACUUUUUGUAAUAAAAUAUUAUUAUUUACAUUAGUUUUUAAUUUUUAAUUUUAUAAUUUUUAUUUAUAUAUAUAUCAAACUGAAUAUUCUGUUAAAUAUAUUUAAAAUAAGAUAUUCGACUAACCGUGAAAAAGAUUGGAUAAUCAAUUAUUAUGGCGAAACGUAUCGAAUCAAGAAUACCUCAAAAGUUCGGAUAUUCGAUGUGUUUCCAUCCUAAUCAAUGAUACAUUGCAAAAUAAGCUUGACACAUGUGCAUAUUAGUCUCACGUGCCACAGAGUCAACGGUCAUUAGCCUAAGUAAAUCAGCACAACUAACACAAAGUUGUAUCUAAUUAGGUGCGGUCCUCACGCAAAGAUUGUACGUUUCUAAAUCAAUUAGUACUGUUGAAGAAUUAAUUGACUUUGCAGCAAAGUUAAUCAAAGUUAAUCAAUUCCUUAUAUAUUAAAAAAAAAUAUAUUACAACAUUUUAUAUGACACGUAUCAUCACUAAAUAGUCUUAAAAUCUCUAGAAAAAUAUGUUGGUCCACUAGAUAUAUAUAUAUAUAUAUUUAUUUAUUAAACUAACCAUAAAUUAAUUAACAAUUAUAUUCUAACUCGCACGGAUGCGCGGAUAUUAUUGUCAUCUUUACUACAAAUAUAAAUUAAUAAUAAUGUAACUGAUUUUAUUAUUAAAAAUAAUGUUAUAUACAAAUAGGUGAAAUUAUUUUUGUUACAAUACUUUAAACCUUCAUCACUAUAUAGUUUUCAUAAUCUAUAUUUUAAAAUUUCAUAUGUUCUACUAUUUUUAUAUUUUUAUAACAACAUUUUCUAUUUGAAAUAAAAUAUGGGAUUUCAAAAUAUUGUGUAUAUAUUUAGAUGCAAAAACUUAUGUAAAUAUGUUUACAAUAAAUAUAUAAUAUAUAGAUAUACCGACGGUUAUGUAAACCAAAUAUAUUUGUCAAAUAAAUGUAUUUACUAUUUAAAUAUAUAAUAUUUACCAAACUAUUGUUAAGAUCUUGGUCACAAAAUCUACGAUGUAGGAGAAUAAUAUCUUUCCAUUUUCUUAAAUAUUAAGUAAUAUAUAUUAGGUUUCUAGUGAAUUGGUCUAACAAUAUUUUUAUAGUAGAUAAAAAUAGGAUUAUAUUUUAAUAGAUUAGAUAUAUAAUUAAUAUUUUUUAUUAUUUUCUUAAAUAAAAUGUACAGAAUUACCAAAAGUGAAUAGAAUAUAUAUUUGACAAUUAAUAAUUUUAAUAAUAAAGAAUUGAUAACAAUUUACAUAUCCUUAAUUUUGUUCAAGGUUAUAUUAUUAAAAUAAAUUAAAUAAUCAUAUUAACCAUACAAUUAAAAUUUAAAUUUUUUUGUAUAUGUUAUAUUUUUGAAUUUUUAAAAAUGACUACAAAUUACAAAAACUGUUAAAAGUCUCACAUUAAAAAAAUUUAUGAUCAAUCAUUUGAAAAUUUUGAAAUUUAGAACUUAAUAUUUUAAUUCGUUGAAUUUUCAAGAAAUAUUAAAAUAUUAAAACUACCACACUAAAAGUUUUGUUAUUAAUGUUUUAAUUUUUUGUUAAAAACACAAAUGAUCAUAAAAUCAUAUGAUUAGGAGUUUCAUUUCAUAGAUAGUCAUAUUAAAAAUAUACUAAUAUUUAUGUUAAUAUUAUUUAAAUUUAAUUACAUUUAAUACAACAUAGAAAAAAAUUUAAUGUAUAUACCACAAAAUGAUUGUAAAUAAACAAAAGUGUAUUUUUUUAAUUUAUGAAUUAGUGUCAAUUUAAUUAUAUAUGUAACAGUUAAUAGUUUUUCAAUUAUUCUAUAUAUAUUUAUUAAUUUAUUUUAUAAAUAUAAAAAUGUUAAAAAAUAAUAUAUAUGUAAAAUAGUCAUUUUGUGCGCGCAAGACCGAAAUGUAAACCGAAAUGAAUAGAGGAAUUCUAUUUAGAAAUUAAUGUUUGCGAAAAGCUUGAUACGUGAUACCUGAGACCGAAAUGAAUAGAGGAAUGUGGGGCACACGUGUAAGAUCCGAACGUGUGUGUGUUCCACUUCUUUUAAGUUUCUCUUUUUCCCUCUCAAAAUGCUUCUAUUUAUGGAAUCAUAUGAUAUGUACUAUUUUAAUAUCAAAAUGUCUAUAUAUAUAUGGUGGCCAAAGAAAAAGACUGUGUAUAUAUUUUCCAAUAUCAUAUAUACAUUUGUGUCAGUGCCCUCAUGUGUACAUGUAUGAUUCAAUUUGAAGAUCAAAUCUAGAUCGAAAAUACCAAGGUUAUAUAUUUUUUUGUUAGAAUGGCGUGAUAUAUAUAGUUAUUUAGAAAAUGUCAAGCGUUUCAGUCAAUCAUAUUCAUAAUAAAAUGAGCUUGAGCUUGGCCUUAGAGUUAUUUAUUAUAUUUGGUUUUGAAUUACAAUAAUUGAUAUCCAACACCAAUGCUUCCCAUGUGCGUAAAAUUUGCGUUUGGCUUAGCAGAAACCCAAAUAAUAUGGUUCUGAGCAUCAACUAAUAAAACUCGUGGAAACACACAAAACUUGGUAGAGCUUACGUUUUUUAUAUAGAUAAAAAACUAUUAUAGUUCAUAAUACAAUUGCAAAUUGCAAAUUCGUGUAAAAUAUAAUGAUGUUUUUGAUGGUUGGAUUGGAUUCGUGUGGACGAUGAGCUGUGGGUACAGUAGGAAGUAGCUGGCUACUUACGUGUAUUAACAAUCCUUGAUAUCUUUUUCACUUUAUGUAAAUUAACCCAUUCAUCACGUGUUUUAUGACUCGAUAUUGUUCAUCUUUCCUACCAAGGUGUACCACUUUUUCAUGUUAUAUUGAAAUCGUAAUGUACCCACUUUCUUUGUAAAUAACAACAAAGACUAAUUGUUGUCAAAACAAACUAUAGACUAAAAUGAGAUGUAAAAGUAAUUAGUAAGGAUGUGCGCAUCUGAUAAAUAUCGAUUCCAACUGUUGUUUACUAAAGUAUCGUAACUAAACACAACGUUCAAAACAAUGAAUGAAUCUGUAAAUUUGUAUGUUACAUUAUUGUAGUUAUUUUAUUUGACAAUGAUAGGAUACCUAGCAAAGUGAGGUUUUUGUAACUAAAAUAACCUUUAUUUUAUAUUUUAAAAGAAUACUACUUAACUAAAAUAGGAAAACCUUAAUAAAACGAUUAAUUUGACUAAAAUUUCCGAAAAUAAAUUGUUACUUUGAUUAUUUGGAUGACUAUGUAACCGAUGGUUUUGAGCUUUAGUAAAGGUAAACUUAAUAUACAUUAGUUUCUCUCUUAAAGUGUUCAUAUAUGUGAAUCAGCAAUCACCAGAUGGAUGCUCUUCUUUUUUUUGAAACACUAUUCAUAUAGCUUAAUAUUAGAUUGCCAUUUUUUAAUUAGGUUGCUUUCUGUAUAAAAGCAUAGUAUCUAGUAGACUAGUACAAAUAUUUUUGAUUAAAAUACACACGCCUAUAUAUGUAUAUAUGCAUAAUUUUAUAUAGAAAAGCGAAUUGUGCGACCAACCAAACACAUGUAGUUAGAUGCUGGUACUUUUCAAAAGUACAGUUCAUUAACUGAUCUGUCAAGUUUCAACUGAAAAUUAUACUGUUAAAUAAUAAUCAACUCGUUAUUAAUUAAAGAACUUGGAAUAUUUUACGUUCCCUUAUGAUUAUUCCUUUGCCAACCCUUAUAUUCUUCAAUAUUAAGUUAUUUCUACCUUUUUCAAAUCUGUCUUUCUUUUCCAGAUAUGGAAAACUUUUGUUUGAAUGGUUGAGACCAAAAUUGGUGGUGUUAAGUCUGUGUCAUUGUCUAAUAUCAUUUUAGUAUUAUAUCACCUACCGAACUAAUUAUUCAUUAAUUUUUUCUAGUAGUUACUAGUAUUUAGUUGCUAUAAAAUACUCAAGAUUCUUACCCUCUCAUGCAGGUAUUGAUUUUAUCAAGAUAUAGAGCUCGUAAAAUUUCUAGAUAUGGCUAUAUCGAAAACGGAAUGUUUCUGCAACAUCAACUUAUAUUUUCGUCACAUUUUGUUCGCCUCGUGAGAUUUAAUCAGUUUGAACAACUGGUUUAUGAGUUUGAGGACAACUUCUUAUAACACAAAGAAAACAACCAAACAACUUCUUAUAACACAAAGAAAACAACCAAUUAUAUUGAAAAUAUAGUAUAUAUAUGGUAAAUAAAUUACAGUCUAGUUGUGCCAUCAACCAUACAUCGAGGUCUUGUCUCUUGUUCUUUAAAUCUCUUAAGAAAAAAAAAUCAUUUACUUGACAAAAAGAGUAUAAAGAAUCAAGUUCCGUUGGCUUCAUCUUGUUGAUGGAAGAUAAUUCUUUGUGCAUGCUUGAUCACCUAAGAAUUCACAUGGUAGAUGCAGAUUUUGGUUUAGCAUGGGUUAUACUUAUAUAUUAAGAAUCCAAAAGCAGAACAAAGUACAUAUGAACUUAAUUUAGCUUUUCAUCAUCCCAGUUGAAGCCCAUUAUAAACACACACAUGAUGCAUAUAUUCAUAAACAAGCCUGAUGAAUGUGUAUAUAUUUUGUUUAUAUUUCCCAUAAAACCUUAUAUGAAAUCGGGAUGUUCCAUCUGCACCAUGUUUUGUUAAGUGGGGAAUACGAUAUGUAUAAAUGAUUUUGAGAUGUAUUAAUUAUAUUAUAUGUUAUCUAAAGACUAGCUAGAAACGUCUAAAAAUGGAAUAAUGGGCACAUGCAUACGUUGUGGAGAUUGAAAUGGAUCCACUACAUACUUACUUUAUCAUUUAAUUCGAUCUAUAUAUAUACUUACCCAAAUCAUAUAUUAUCGUCACACAAAACUGGUUGUUAUUACAAAAUUUAAUAAGCGAUUCAAGUAUCGUGUUUAUAUGUGUAAAUCCACAGAUAUACAUACGUGGUGGUGGCGAGGAAGAGAUGACUUUAAACGAUGAAGUUUUCACCACUGCAUAACUGUUUGUUGAGUGUCAAACUACUUUGUAAUUCUGAUCUUUUCUUUCCACUCUCAUCUCGUUCAUUUGUAGGUAUUUUGUAAUGUGUAUUUUUAAAGUUAUGCUUCUUUACAAAAUGUGUUACUUUUUGCUUUCUCGCAUAAUAUUACACGUUUAAAACUCAUCUGAAAUUUUUAGGAUAUUAUCAAAUAAAGUAUUCAGGCAGGUAAAUAAAUAUAGCUGAAUACUAAAGUUUAUUAGUGAUAAAUCAUAUCAACAUGUAGAAGUAAUUUCUCUUAGAAACAUGCAAAAUUACUUUAGUAAGAAAAAAUCACUAUAGCUAGGUGAAACCCAACUAAAAUUAUAGUUGCAUCUUAUUACGUUUAUUAUUAAAUAUAAGAUUGCAUGCUUUAUAUCAAUAUUUUAUUUUGAAGUUUUCAUUCUUUUGUUACGUGAGAAAUUUGAUGUCUCAAAAUUCUGAUAUAGUUCGAAACGUAAAUCUAUAAUAUAUAUAUAUAGUUUAGUAGCAACAAAAACAAAUAUCUAGAGGAAUGCAAAUGUUCAAGAGAUGAGUUGAUUAGACAUUUAACAGCAUAUUUUAAAAUAAAAAUAUUUUAUUUAGUAUCAGUUAACUUAUAACUACGACAUAUGUAUUUGUCUCGCUUAAAACUUCGUUUAGCCAAUUUUAUAUGUAAUUUGAUAUUUCAUAAUUAAUAUGAUAUGUUAUUGAUAGUAAAUGUUUAUAAUUUAUAAUAUAUGUGAUUAACUGGAAUCAAUAUUAUUAUUAUUAUAUUGAUCAAACCAAUAUUAUUUCAUUUAUACAUGAAAUUUUGUAAAUUUUAUAGACGACUCUGGAAUAUGUUUAAAUAUUUAAUUCUCGAAAGCUUUUUAUAUAGUUUAAUUUAUGGAAUUUGACAAACUAUUUAGUGAAAUGACAUGAAGUAAGAUAAUUUUAUGAAGUUUUAUCUUAUAAACUAAAAUUAUUUAUAUUAUUAUAUUUCAGUGAACAAGAGAACAAUUUGCUGAUGUCAAUAUCUCUGAGAAACAUAUGAAUUUUGUUUUCGAAAUUUUUCAACAGAGUAAAUUUAUUUUAAUAAUGUUUAUAUGGAAAUACUAUAAGUAAAUACCCUUCCAUUUUUUAAAUCUAUAGUAUUCACACAUAUUAAAAAUAUAAUAAUUAUUUUUAAUUAAAUUUAUUAUUUAUUUUUAUUAAAUACUUUCCAAGAACUGUCAAUCAAUAAUAUUUAAUCAAUUUAAAUACUCUUAAUUAAUGUUUUUAAAAUAUAUAAUUAAUGUUUCUUAAAAUUAAUAAUUGAUUAACAUCAAUUAUUAAAAUUAUUUUUAAAAUCUAUCUUUAUAUAACAAAAGUUAAAUCUAGAAAAUCACUCUUUUAGAAAGCACAGAAAGUAAUUACAUUCUCUAAUAGUAGUGUAGUAUAGUUUAAACUUUGAAGGCGAUAUCAAUUUUGUAAGCCAAUAUAUAGUUGAUUAAAUUUAUGCCGUGUUAAAUCAAAAUUAGGAUAAAGAUCAGCUUAAGAGUCGAAUAUAAAAAAAAAUAUCCAUGGACUUAUAAAAUAAAAAUACUUGAUUUGUCUCAACUGCAGUUUUCAACUUGUGUUUACAACUAGUACAUUUUUCUUUCUACUAUCAAUGAAAAAAACCAACCACUAAAUACAUUAUCUUACUCUUCUUAUAAUUCAGCAUUUUUUAUGAAAUUUUAAAUUUAUUGAUAAUCAGAAAUAUAAAGCCCGGAGUUUAAUAUGUACAACUUCUAGAAUCUUUACGAAAAAUGAAAAUAUUUCCUAAGCAGUGCUUAGUCUCGUAGCAAACCAUUUUUGGAGGAGUCCUCUCAGCUUAGGCUUCUCAAAAUACCUUGUGGACGAAAUGCUGUUACGUAUGAUAUUCUCUAUGAUAUGAGUUAACUGGUGGCCUGAUCUCAAAAGAUUGUUGUGCUUUCUCCAUUCUGCUCCCUCCAUAUGUGGUAUACAUUUACCUAGAAAGCCAAGCGUAGUAAGAUAUCUGUCAGCCUGUCAUGCGAGCGCUGAGCAAGGUGUUCUCCUCAAUCAGGAUCAGGCUGGCCACCCAUUAGGGUCCCCACGACUUCAAUCCAAAGUGUAUAGGUGUAUGGACAGGCGAAGAAGUGAUCUCUUGUUUCAUUUGGCUCUCCACAGAAGAUACAAAAAAAUCAUGUCGUUGACCCCAUCUUUGCAUACGAUGACUUGUAGCUAAUCGGUCUUUGAUUGCUAGCCAAGUUAUGAACGCGAAUCUUGGAACAUUUUGAGGGAACCAAACAAUGAUUGGAUCAUUAGACAUCACUAUAGGAAAAGCUUUAAUCUGACUAACAAUCAAUCGAAUGUUUGGAUCUCUACAACUACGGAAGUACCAUUUGUUUUCCCUCAGCACAUCACAUAUUGCAGCAUCCUUAGGGAUCCCAAGAUUUUGAAUUCCCACUUCACUAGUUAAGUCUAUAAGUCUACCAAGGGGAUGUCGAAUAUCGAACCAAAACUUGAGAUUGCGGCCAUUAUAUAUCUCCAUAUGAACAAAACUCUUUGCCAGCGGUCUGAGCUUUAGCAGCUUCCGCCAGAUCCAAAAACCCGCAUUGGCUUCUCUCACAUCCCAGCGGUCUGAGCUUUAACUUAUAAUUCAUCAUUGCCAAAGGGUAAAUUAAAAAGUAUAGUAUGAUGUGUGUUUCACGGAUGCAAAAACAAAAACAAAAAAUCCUGGGUACCACAAUUUUGAAAAAUAGUCAAACAAUUAGGAAUUUUACAUGUAUAUCAAUCAUCAACAAAAACGAUUGACAACAAAGUGACCAAAUUACCAUCGAUCAAAACCACCAUAAAAUAUCGUUUUUUAUAUAGAUUGUUAGAAUGCACCAAUUUAGAAAAGUACAACUUGUCAAUAUGCAUUCUUACUAGAAUUAUCACACAAAAGCACAAUUCCAAAAUACCACACAAUCAUCCACACGUUUGGAAGUAUAUCAUAGUUCAUCUGUUAUUUCCACUAUAAGCUCUUAUUGGCAACACGCUUUCUCUCUUUCAUGAUGAAAAUAAAUAUGAAACAGUUUCAUCCUUUAUAAAAAAUAACAACAAAACAUCCCAUCCACAAUGUCAAAUCUUUGCAGACAGCAAAUAAACUACAAAUACCUAAAACCACAUGAAACUUUUUAGAUUGCAUCGUUAAUUGUUGUUGGCUGAACCCAAAACGAGAUAUUAAAAUAAUAUUAUUUUAAAGUAUUAUGAUAAAAAAAAAAAGUAUCCUUGAUUACGCCAAUCACGUGAUUUUCCAUCGUUGUAAUCUCUCAACAGGAUAUAAAUCUUGUUUUUGAGAACAACAGGACAUAGAUCUUUACAUGUGUUUUAACGUGUCUUAGACUAAUAGAAAUCGUCCCAUUGUCAUGUCUCUUUCAAACCAAUUGAUACAAUCUAUCUAUUUCAACCCAAUACAUAUGGCAUAGUGCCGUUGAAUUUAUCGAAACAAAUCUUAUAUAUACGUCUUUAUAGCUCCCCUCUUUCCCGAAAUAAUUUAAUAUCCCGUUGCUACACAUGCACUAGGUAGUAGGUAGCCAGAUUCCGUCUUCUUAUUUUCAAAAGACGACGAUAUCGGAAUUAACUUAGCUUUAACUAUGUACGGCAUUGCAUCCCGUUCACUCAGAAUUCAGGUUCAAAACCUUGUAGAACACCGACUCCAACUCCUUUAUUAUAAAUCUUUGUCGACUUCAUAAUUAGGUUGUUGGUGCGCUUGGCGUUUCUCGAAACCAAGACUUCAUCUUUUAACAACAUUUCCACAUGAUGAGUUGUCACCAGUUGAUCUGCAGGUCAAUUGGUGACGAUCAACUGGUGACAACUCGUCCUGUGGGAUGUAAGAGUGUUGUUAAAAGGUGAGGUCUUGGGAUUGAAAAACGCUAAGCGCACCAACAAUUUAAUUAUAAAGUCAGAGAUGAUUCAUAAUGGAAAGGUUGGGGUCGGUACCAUGCAGGGAAGUCUGUGAGUCGGAUUCUAAAUAAGCGGGAUGGAUUGUCACACAUUUUUGAAUCAUUUUGACAGGGAGUUUAGUUAUCUCGUACUUGUUCCGUAUGCAAUUUAACUUUAGCCAUAGUGGAGAAAAAGCUUUGAAAGUCAGAUGAGAAUAUCCAAAUAGCAUUCGAAAACCCAUGUAGUAAUAACAUAUUUAAUUUGAAUGACAUCAUAUGAAGAAAAAGGAAAGCUUAAAAGGUGUAAAAACAUUAAUUGAAAGAUAAACCCCAAAUACAUCAUUUAUGAACAAUGCUCCGUGGAGGACCCGCAAGAGAAGAGAUGUGGUGGUUCGUAUAACCGUGAGGAGAAAGAAGAACAUGUGAGGUAUGAGGUAUCCAAAGUGGGGGAACAAAGAGUAUCGAAACGGCGCCGUACAGAGGGACUAUAACGGGGAGAGGACGUCUUCCGUAAUAGAAACACACAGUCUCUCCGUGUGAGCGUGUGGUCCCGACACACAGAGAUCUGACACAAUUAGUCACCUGUCAGUUCACAGUCGUCAGUUGUCAAGAUAGGCACUUCCUAAAUUUGUUUUUCUUCUCAUUAAUAGCCUUUCUUUCUUUUUUGCGUGAAUUAGGUCAAAGUAAAAUUAUAUAAGUUACUGUCUGAAUUUUUGGAUCAGCUAAAUAAUGUCACCAGCAAAAUCUAACAUAAAUUUUACUCUUUUAUCCUCUUAUUUUUUGUCUACACAACGGUUGAUUACAUAACAAGCGUGACUAUCGUGAAAGAUGACAUUUCUAGAUGUUUCUCUGAUUGUUUCAGACAACAUAUGCAAACAGACAAUAUUCAUCAAUGAAUGACUUCGACCAGUUGAGCUGAUAAGUGGUGGUAAUAGUAAUAAAUCCACCAUGACAUGGAUUAUUCACAUUUAUUUACUUUUAGACUAUAGAAGAUACCGAAAUAAGUAAUCAUACACAAUAUUUUUGUGAUCGAACGUAUGUAGUUUGAUAGGUUUGACCACACAAAAAUGGUUUCAAGGAAGACUUCGUUCGAAGCUUAUUUGGGAGAGAUGUAUAUCCUAUAUAUCACAAUCACAUGUUGGUCCCAGUUGAAAGAAAUUACAUGUCUAAUUGUAUUUUAGAAAUUUUCCGAAAGUAGAAGGAAAGAAAAAUAACAAUAUUCCUGAAAAAUAAGAAAUAAAAAAAUAAAACGACAAAUGAGAAAAAAAUACGGUAGACGGAAAUCCGAAAACACUGCUCUUCAAGAUAUGAAUGUUUGAAUUAUGAGUCGGUCUAUAGAUAUAUAUACAUAGUCUAAGGAGCCAGGCAACCUUAUCUAAUGACUCAUAUAAAAGAAAAUGGGUACAAAAUUACAAAUCAUCUGCAAACAAAAUCUAGAAAAAAAUGAGUGUAAAAUAAAAUUGCAUGAGAGAGAGGGCACAUGUCCCCUUUUAGCCUUCUGCUCUUGAAGGGGAAGCCAAAAUAGUUUUACUUUUGUAUUUUCUCAGCCAAUGCUCUUUUGGGACCUCCCUUCAUAUAAGUAAUUUUUAUAUUUUGUGUCAAUUCCUGUAUUUUGUUCUCAUUUAAUUUGUUGAUAUAUAUAUAUGUAACUAUAUUAUUUUAAAGAGAGAAAAAAACAGAAGGAUUUCCAAGAUCCAGCUGUGAAUAUAACCCUUUCUUGAUCGAAAGUCCAUUUUGGCGUUUGUUCUGUGACCAUCCUCUCGCUACGUCACCGUUUUCAUGUCCAUGCAAAAUAGUUUGAAGAUAAUAUAUCCCUAUCCUUACUUUUCAUUGAUUACAUCUACCUUCUACCUUAUAUAUAGACAUGUAUGUAUAUCUAUUUUUAUGUUCGAAAUGGAUAAAAUAACAAAUACACUUGGAUAUCAUAUCAGUUCGACGAACGUAACUUUUUAUGAUACAAAAUUUAUUUGUUCACAUAAUGCACGACUUUAAAUUUAUUUUGAUUUGACAUUUGUAAGUGGACUGACGUAUAUUUCACAGAUAUACAUCAUGAAAUAGUCUGGUAGGCAUAUAUAUGUGUGUGUGUGUUCUUAAUGCAUACAUGAAUGUUAAGCAUCCAGUUUAGAAUAUGAAUGAUCUAUUCAAUUAUCGUAGAAUUAUAAAUACUGGAAAUAUGUUAAAGAGUUUAUCAUCGAUCUUCGUUUAGUUUUUUCUUUCUAGUAUAACUUAAAGUGUGGACGAAUCAGAUACAUUUUGUAAAAUUAAUGCUACCAAGCGCUCAUUUUCAUGAAAAGGUUUGUUAUAUAAUAAUUAUGAUAUUUUUCAUCAUGAUUUGAGUUUUCUUAUUAUUAUUGGUGCUGUUACUGUUGCUGCUACUGCUGGAAUAUUAAUUGAUUUUGACGAUUGUCUACAUCAUCAUAAUGAAUAUGAAAAAUGGGUAACCAAUAUAUAUAUAGUUUGUACUAUAAGUCACACUUUCAACAUUAAUUAUUGAUCAAGAGAUUGGUGGAAUGUUAUCUUCUUUCAAAUAAAUAGCCCCCUACCAAAAAGUAUAUACAUAUACAACAAUGCAUGGCCAAUAAUGAUGAAUCCAUCCUCGAAACCAAACUUUCAUCCAAUUUUUUUUUUAUUUGUUGAGUUUUUUCAUAGAUAUGUUUAGAAUCGGAUUUAAUCCUAGAUUUACAGCCUUUCUCGUACUAUACUACGUUUUGACUAAUCGUACUAUAACUAUACUACUAUUGCGUUGACAAGUUUAACUGCAAUCUUCAGCGUAGUAGUAUCUUCGAACAUUCGAACUAACGGUAAACUACUUCUUGUAAUGACAUGAUUUCUGUUGCAGCAUCGGUUACAUAUACGAUAAAUAUAAUUAAUGCAUCAAAUAUUAAUCUCAAACUGAAAUUUAUAAACAGUAAUGGAGGUUGCAUUUAUAUUAAACACAAUAUAUUUAUAUAUAUGUUCAAAAAGACUAUUAAAUUAAUUAUUUUGAAACAAUUAUUGGAACUGUUCAGAUGAAACCGAGAGUGGGGAAUGAUUUUACAGCAAAAACCAGAGGCUUAAAUAGUAGGUCGACCUCCCCCCCCCCCCCCCCCCCCCUAACUAUGAACGCUCACAAAGCCACAAAAGCCUUGCACUAUUUAUCUCUUUGAUUCAAAUCUUAUCGACGGGAAACACUUAAACCCACAAAUGAUUGUAUAAAUUACAUUAAAACCAAUAGGACACAUAUAUACAGUUCGUGAUUAGAAAAAUAAAUUGGAUAACAUAUUUUUUUAAGCUUAGUAUAUUAUAUUUAAUAGAUGAGUUUAUUUUUCCUUUCGCUACAUAAAAACUUACGAGUGAAAGACUAAGUCAGAUCAGACCACACGAUCUAAGAUGUUCCUACAAACUGGCAUGACAUGUACCACUAUACUUGUACAACCUGGUUCAUGCUUAUAGUUACCAUUUACUCUUCAUAAGCUAUCAUAUUUAUUUAUGUAAUAGCAACUCCCAACUGCAUUAAUAAAAACAACAUUUGCAAUCGUCGACAUCACUACAAAAUCUACGGAUAUAUUUAUAAAAGAAAAGUUAUUUAAUAUAUUGGUUGGAAGGUUAUUUAGUCAAAGAAAAGCCAUUAAUAGCUGAAGAUUUAACUCCAUUGUGAAUACAGAUGUUUCUUAACUUACAAACAAUUACGAAGUACAGUAUAUAAAUCCGGGAUAUAAGUUGCUGUUUACACAUAAUUUGUUCACCGGAUGGAGACAAACAUGAAUAACGGCUAAAUUAAUUGCAAGCCAUUUAAUUUCAAGCGUUGGUUAAAGAUAGUCAAACUAAACAUUAAUAUUAGUAUUGGGUCAUUAACUAUCAAAAACUAAUUUUUUCACUAAAUCCAGUUUUGGUUUAGUAGUUAAAUAGACGCGAGGAUGGGUCCGGUUCUAUUCAUGUGGUAAAUUUGGUUUUUACAUUCCGCCUAAUAUAAAUACUGUUUUGAUACUUUUCACAAAAUAAUGAUGGUAAUAUGUCUUAUAUAGUAUUUAUGUAAGUGUAUAUUUUCAACUAAUAUGUUUAUUAUAUAUAAAUAGAAUAUGACAAAUAUAAAAUUAUAUAUUAAAAUAGAAAAAUAUUAUAUAUAAACUGAAAUAAAUAGUUUAAAACGCACAUUUUUGUGUAACAAAAGUACAUUUUAUAAAAAGUUUAAAGUUAAUAUAUGUUUACGAUUUUUUUAUGCCGCAUGUCAUUUGAAAAACAUUUGAUAUCUCACGUGUAAUCAACUUGUACCAUAUUUCUUGAUCAGAAUCAAUGUACCUAAUUUUUGCAGGCGUUACGAUGAACUGUCUUUAUAUAGAAGAUGUAAACUAAUACAUCAUCGGUGCUAUCUAUGAUAAUUUUUAGUAGUAUAUACCAAAUGAAUUCAAUCAUAUAUAAUUUUUAAAAAAUUCGAUUUCAAACCCUUAAAUGUCGAUAAAAUUAAAUAGUUUUUGUAACUAAUAUAACUAGCUAGUUUUGAUCAAUAUGCAUGUACAUCUCGUGGAGUUCUAGUACACGAUUUGACCAUAUAGAUAUGUUAGUAGUAAAUUAACAUUAGAUUAAUGUUGGUAUAUUUUAUAUUUUAUCGUCAACAACUAAUACAUUUAAAUUAUAAUACGCCGGAGUGUUAACAUAAACUACCAAACUUACCCUCUUUAUAUAUAAUGUUACGUCUGUUAUUUAUCAUCCAUUUUUUCAUGUGAUUCUGAAAAUAUAAUAUAGUUACAUUUAUUACAUUUUUAUUUAUGUAAAGUGAUUCAAAUGCAAUUUUUCCUUGAACUAAUAGUUUUUUCUAUAAUCUUGGAUUUGGUACGUAUCUUCUAUAUAUUGCUAAUACGUAUCAGAUACAUCAUCUUUAAUUUAUGGUCCACCUGUAAUUACAUUUGGUAAUUAAUACUGUAUAUUUUGUUUUCCUUCUAUUGCCACAAAUCAGUCAUGUAUCUACAUUGUCAAUUUACUACUAAUGUAUACUAUCCAAAAAGUUACUCCCACAUAUUUCUGAAAAUAUUAUUUAAAAUAUGUAUAAAUAAAUAGUUUAGAUUCUUUUAAAUGAAAUAAAAAAAAUGAAAAUGAAGGAAAAAGAACACUGGCCAACUCCUUUAUUAAGAUACUAGGAGAGAGCUAGAGGAGAGAAGCAUCAAAUUUUCACAGCUCUUCACUUUGAGACCUCAAAAACUCCAGAGGGCUCUUCACGAGAGAACUCUUUCUCUUUCCCAUCAAAAUCUCCAAAAAUAUCAUAACCUUUCUUCAUCAUCAUCACCACCGUCAUGUGUAACUCAUCAACAACAACCACCACCGGCACCGGUACGGCCGUGACCGAGAACCAACAAUCUCGAACCGAUAUCUUCCUCGAUCGCUUGUCGAUCAAAACCUUGGAACAACCCACAAAGCGAAAUCUCCAGCAUUGCGACAACUUAGGAUCUCCACUUAUGUCCGAAGCUGUAACGGAGGCGAAAACUCUCUUCACGCUCGCUUUUCCGAUCGCCGUGGCGGCUUUAGUCCUCUACCUACGCUCCGCCGUCUCCAUGUUUUUCCUUGGUCGUCUCGGUGACCUCGAAUUAGCCGCCGGUUCACUCGCCAUUGCGUUUGCUAACAUAACCGGUUACUCUGUUUUAUCCGGUUUAGCACUCGGUAUGGAACCACUCUGUUCCCAAGCCUUUGGCGCUCACCGCUACAAACUCCUCUCCCUCACCCUCCAUCGAACCGUGGUUUUCCUCUUGGUUUGCUGCGUACCGAUAUCGGUUCUCUGGCUCAACGUCGGUAAAAUAUCGGUUUACCUUCACCAAGACCCCGACAUCGCACAGCUAGCUCAGACAUAUCUCAUCUUCUCCUUACCCGAUCUCCUCACCAACACUCUCCUUCACCCAAUAAGAAACUACCUUCGUGCUCAAGCCAUCAUCCACCCCGUCACGUUAGCCACUAUCUCCGGCGCCGUUUUUCACUUACCGGCCAACCUCUUCCUAGUCUCUUACCUCCGUCUCGGUUUAACCGGCGUCGCAGUCGCCUCCUCCGUCACCAACCUCUUCGUCGUCGCGUUCUUGAUCUGCUACGUCUGGGCAAGUGGUCUCCACGUACCCACUUGGACCGACCCGACAUGGGACUGCUUACGUGGAUGGGGUCCUCUGCUCCGCCUCGCGGGACCUAGCUGUGUCUCCGUGUGUUUAGAGUGGUGGUGGUACGAGAUCAUGACCGUUCUUUGCGGUUUGCUCGUAAACCCGAGAUCGACGGUGGCGGCAAUGGGCGUUUUGAUCCAGACGACGUCGUUUCUCUACGUCUUCCCGUCUUCUCUGAGCUUCGCCGUGUCUUCUCGUGUCGGAAACGAGCUGGGAGCGAACCGUCCCAAGACGGCGAAGCUAUCGGCGAUGCUGUCUAUCGUUUUCGCGGCGGCAACGGGUGUUACAGCGGCGGCGUUUGCUUACUCCGUCAGAAACGUUUGGGGAAGAGUGUUCACCGGAGACGACGAGAUUCUCCGGCUAACGGCGGCGGCGCUUCCGAUUUUGGGCUUGUGCGAGAUAGGAAACUGUCCUCAGACGGUGGGUUGCGGUGUCGUGAGGGGGACGGCACGGCCGUCGACGGCGGCGAACGUGAACCUCGGCGCGUUCUAUCUGGUUGGCAUGCCGGUGGCUGUUGGUCUCGGGUUUUGGGCCGGUAUUGGGUUUAAUGGGCUUUGGUUAGGACUUCUAGCAGCGCAGAUUAGCUGCGCCGGUCUUAUGUUGUACGUGGUGGGGACCACAAAUUGGGUAUUGGAGGCUGGGAAAGCGCAAACGCUAACAUGCGCAGAGACCGUAGAGAACGAUCUUAUUAAGACGGUGGCGAAUACUAUAGGGGACGACGGUGAGAGCGAUGAGGCACAGCCAUUGAUUCGCAUCACGGUGCUUUAUUAAUUAUAAAGUAUGGUUAUAAAUAUAUUUCCCCUCUUUUGAUAGAAGGAGAAAGUUUUGUCUUUCUUGAAAAAAAUUAACAUUUCUUCUUCCUUUUUCUUGUAUUUAACAAUUUUUUUUGCUUCGCUCCUUAUUUUUUAUGCCUUUAUGAUUGGCCGUCUAUAUGGAGUUCAAUGAGUUUUUUGCUCUUUAAGUUUCUACAUAUGAAUAUAUUUUUAUUUGGGGUUAUUCAAAUAAAAUUCGCUCA